AUGAAGCAGAAAAAGAUUGAAGCUAUAGAGAACCAUUCGUCUUCUCGAAAUAGAGAAAGUGAAGACGAAGGAGAUGAAGAAAGAUUUAAAGUUUCUUGCUGGGGAUCUUUCAAACAAAUGUUUUCACGGACGUCGUUGAGAAAUCAAACAAAUCACAAGUUGCCACCUGGCAACUUUAGAUAUAGUCCAUUGGGUUAUGCUCAAAACUUCGAUGAAGGUAACAAUGAAGACGACUCUUAUGGGACUUUUUCCUCUAGGUAUGCUGCACCUUCGUCAAGGUUCAAUGUCUAUCGCGAAAAUGUUUAA